UCUAGGUGUGGGCGCCGCGCUAAGCUGUGUUGCGAUACACUCGGCUUGGGGUGGUGUGCGUAGCUGUUCUGCGGCUCUGCGACCUCGGCGAGAGAAUGCGCAUAAGUAGAGCUUCAGUUCUAAGCAACACUGUCACCAAUAUCUUGAUCAUUUAAGUUGAACAUGUGAUAUGCUUGCGCUCUAGGUAAAGCAGGUAUUGAGACCAUAUAUCAGGCACUGAAAAAAAGGUUGGAAUGAAUUACGGCACUGUGGAGUUGACCUCAGAGAAGUUUCCAUCAGCCUCAGGUUUCACUUAAAAAUGCCUUAGACGUAUGUAUGUGCGUAAGUAUGUAUAUUAAUGAAAGUGUUGGGAAAUCAACACUUUGUUACAAAGUCUUAUAACACCCAGAACGAUUCCAUUGCAGCGAAGACUUAGUGGACUCCUAGUCAGAAGCCUUCCAAAUUAAUUGGACACUCUUUUUCCUGCCAUUUCAAGACUUUUCCGUUUUCUCGUUUCCCUUCCCACUGCUGUCUCCACAAGUGCCCACCCUGCCCCACCCCCAGAAUUAUUUCUCUUUAUAAAUACUUUCCUCUUCUAUGCAUUUACUAAAUCACAUUGGCUUCUCCUGGUAUGACCGUUUCUUCUAUCUCAAUAUGGCCACGUGCUGGAAAUAAUUUCUUUCUCAUCUGAACUUUUAUAGAUAGAUAUAUGCUGUACCUGUCCAGUGACACUGUCUUUAUUUAAACUACAAUUGUUAUAUCUUUUUUCCCCUAACUAGACUGUACACGUUCUGAAAGUAGGGACCAUACCAUAUUUAUCUUUUGAUUACUGCAGUGUUUUUCAGACUGAGGGAGGUGUAUUCUUGGAGUAUACACUUAAGAGAAUUGUUGAUACUAGUAUCUUUCCAUAGUGAUUUUUAAAGGUAGUGUAAGCAUUUAGGCCAUUUGGAUAACCAACUGAACCCUGAAACCUACCAUGCUAUGUCAGUGCCCACAGUUAUUUGUAUUUGUUAUCACAUUUUGGUGCCAAGAAAGAAAACUGGCUAAACUAAAUGAUAGAUGUGCCACAGGUGCAAAACAAAUGACAUGCUGUAUGAACAAAGGUUUUUCAGCAAGCUAAAUAAAGUGGUGAGAGAACUGAUUUUUCCCUACAGCAUGAAAUAGCUUGUGUGCCAAAUCAAAAGAACCUGUGUGGUCAUAAGCCAGUACAGUUUUUAUGUCAGGUAACUGUUUAGUUCAGCACGUUUUCAUUUCAUUAGUUUUCAGUUCUGUUUGUAUUAAUUUGUAUUCAUUCGUUCAUGGUUGUGUAAGAGCUUUAGCAUAUAGUUUAUGCCUGGUUUUAUGGCUGAAUGUAUUUAAAAAACAAAAUACAAUAACUUAGACACAGCCUGGGGGUCUGCCAGAAUGGUUUCCUUUUAAAAAACCACACAAUACUUUUCUCAAUUUUUAGCAACUCUGACUUAGAUAUUCAUCAUCUUCUCCUUUACAGCUUAGGCUUAGCAAGUAAUUAGCUAAAAGCGUAUCUGGUUGUGUAGACACAGGUGGUGGUGCCCUAUAAAGACUCGUCGUUUUAUUGAUCUUUGCUGUUUGUUUUCAGCUUAUAGGAACUCCACCUGGGUUCUUAAAAACACACAAAACAUCUUUUAUCUCCUUGACUAAUUAUUCCCUAUUCCUAAAAGAAUAAUACUAACAAAUAUGACUAACCCACUAAGAACAUUUUUAAAGGACCAGGCAGCUGCUGAGCCUCUGCACUGUUGUUGCUCAUAGUUCACAGAGAAAAUGUUCUUAAGAGGAAGAAUCUGUCUUUGGUUAUAUGUCAGAACAGGUAUCAUUCUGGGAAGUGAGCUAAAUAGCCCAGAGCAACAUGGUAAAAAUAAUUGUUAUCAGCUUAACAAGUUUCACUGUAGCUUUGAGGAAGCAGAAAACUACUGCUGUGUCCAGGGAGGACACCUUGCUUACACUUGGAACCGGGAAGUUCGGGAUCUUUUCUGGGACUUUCUAGAAGAGAGGAGUAAGUGGUGGAUUGGACAAAAUCUCAUGCUGCUGGGAAAACAUCAAGAAGAAAAACAACCCAGAUGUCGUGGCCAGCAGGGUCACAAAGCCCACCAGAUGCACUUACAUGUCCAGAAACUCCAACUGGAUCUCAUCAACAGUGCACUUGGGCUCACUGGGGCAUUCUUUCAGUUGCCAGGCUGGUCUGAAACUACUAAAGUGCAGCCAUUUUCUAGAGAUAAUGUUGACAAAAUCCUUCAUUCUCAACAAGUCGCAGAUGAGCCAGCAGGGAGUUUGAACGAAGUGAUUCAUGGUUUGCAAAGUCACAGCAAACUACGGAGAGCUUGUGAGGUGCUCCAGAAACUGACGGCCUUUAUGCCAGAAUUUUCUAAGUCAGCUCAAGUUAGUAUCAUCAGUCCUCAUGUUUACCUGAGUGAGAAGUCACCAGAGAGCACAUUUCAGAGCAAAGCAGUCUGGGUUUCAAAACCCCCAACUGCCUGCCUCUCCGAGUCCCUCGACACUGUGAUGGAAGCUGCUGGAGCAAGUCCACAGAGGUCCAAGCAUGCCAUUGAGCAGGUAGAAAAUAUGCUGGAAAUGGCCUUUCUGGCCCUUGGGAAGAUCAAGGAAACAUUUCUACAGCAGAACCAGUUUUCUGAGUCUUUACCAAAACAUGUCAACCUGGCCCCUGAGCUCCUAUACUCUAGGGUCCCCAGCAGCUGUAAUAGGACUAGCUUCAGUUCCUUCAGGGAUUUUGAUGACAAGAACAUUGUUGGAAGUAUCGAAAGUGUGUUGCUAAGCUCUAAUCAUAAAUUUUUCCAAGUCCAUGAUUUAGUGGAAGAGAUUGAGAUCAUGCUGUGGAGAAAUGUUAGCGUGGAAAUCUAUCCCACCAGCAUCAACAUGAGCUCAGACCAUUUUGUUAUGACAGUGAGCAUCACUUCCCUGGAGAAAUCCCUGAUGGUGUGCAUAGAACCUGAAAGUCCCCUUUUAAUGACGCUCUACCUGGGGUUCCAGUAUCAGCCUAACCACACCCACUUCAACCUGAACAUCACCCUUCCAAAGAAUCAGGUAUGGCAAAAAGAUGAGGAAUGUACAGGGGUGCUGGCUCCAGAGAGUCUGCAGUAUGGGAGCAGUGCCUACUACACAACAGCUGUGCUGAAUAAAAGCCAGUAGAGUGCCCGGAGCACACCCACCCUGCUCUCGGCGGCAACUGCCGUCACUCGCUGUCAUUUCUGGGACAGCCACAACAGCACGUGGGAGACCAUAGCGUGCCAAGUUGGGCCACAGAGUACAGUUUUGAGGACACAGUAACUGCCUGAGGUCUGUAACCGCCUGACCUACUUUGGCAGCGACUUCUUCAUUGUGCCCCGGAUGGUGAACAUUGAAGACACUAUCAAGCUGCUCCUUCGUGUGACCAGCAACCCUGCUGGGGUGUCAUUGCUAGCCAGCCUUUUAGGAUUCUAUAUGCUCACCUUUGUGCAGGCUUGGAGGAAGGAUCAAACAUACAUGCAGAAGGUGAAGGUCACUGUCCUGGCUGAUAAUGACCCCAGCUCGUUUCACUACCUCCUGCAGGUCUCCACUGGCUAUCGAAGAAGGGCCGCCAUGCCAGCUAAGCUUAACGAAAUGAAUGUGGUUAUCACCCUCUAUGGAUCAGAGGGGUAGAGGGAGACCCAUCACCUUUGUGACCCCGAGAAGGCAGUCUUUCGUGAGCCAGAGCGUCUGGAUAUCUUCCUCCUCAGUACUCAGUCCUCUUGAGGGGAACUGCACAGCCUGUGGUUCUGGCAUGACGAUUCGGGGGCCAGCCCUUUUCGGUAUGGAAACCGGGUAAUUACCAGUGACGUGGCAGGUAAAAGGAAAUGGCACUUCCUGUCCAACUGUUGGCUGGCCAUGGACCUUGGAUAGAGUGAGCAUGACCGGGUCUUCAAACCAGUCUCAAAGAAAGAACUCUUUUCCUUUAGAUAUUGACACCUGUUUUCCUCCAUGAUUGUAGGAAAGCUCACCCAGGAUCAUCUGUGGCUCGGGAACCAGUUUACGAGAGUCCAGAGGCUCUCUUGCUGCAUGACCUUGCUUCUGUGCGACAUGGUCGUCAACGUCAUGUUUUGGAGGAAAACUGGCACCACUGCCCAGAGAGAUGAGCAAGAGGUGACUGAAGAAUUAAAGGAGACUGUGGGAUUCCUACUCUGGAGAAAUAUGUACCUACUCUCAAGAUUGGAACAACCUUUAUGGAGUCCUUCCAACAUUAACAAGCAGGUGAAGCUUUUACCCAGCCUCCUCUGUUCUCAUGUAGUAGGUCACGGCUCUCAUCAGCGGACAGGACCCUAUUGGCCUGUAUUUUCAAUGGUUCCUGAAGGCCAGCAUCAUUUCUGUCAUUACCUGCUCAGAGUUCUGCAGAGGCUUCAAUCUCACUUAAGCGCACUGGGUCCCACUCAGGCUGACCGGCCUUGUGACAUCCUAGAUGCCACCAGUCAACUGCAAGAACUCCAGGAGCUCUUGGAAAUACAUAUUCUUCCAACAGAACAGGGACCAUUCAGAGAGGCAACCAGUUCCCCCCUCCUGAGCCCGGAAGAAGGGAAGAAGCCCAUCGUUAAUGGCCUGCCCCGAUGGUUGACUUGCAUCUCCUGGCUCCCUCUGGGUGUCACUAGCCCAGCUGCAGCCUUUUUUACUGAAUUUUAUAGUCUGGAACUGAACAAAGACCAGGCCACCAACUGGGUUAUUUCAGUGAUAUUAUCAGUGCUUCAGAACAUCUUCAUCAGCCAGCUAGUAAAGGCGAUCGUCCUCACAUUGUCCAUCUCACUGAUGCGGAACAGGAUGCUGUGUCUUACCAAAGAGAAGGAACAACAAACAAGGAGGAUCUUGGCACUCUUGGCAAAAUGUUCACCAUUACCUGGUUCGAGAGAUAAGAAUAACCCCAUCUAUACAGCUCCAGCUUUCCACAGCCCGGGUAAGUGACCAGAAAGAACCUUGAAAGAGAAGAAACAUUUCAAGCUGACAGGAGAUAUUUUGGUACAAAUCCUCUUCCUCAUCUUGUUGAUGACUGCGGUCUACUCAGCACAGAACUCCAGGAGGUUUUACCUCCAUCAAGCUAUUUGGAAGAGAUUUUCCCACCAUUUCUCAGAGAUCAGACUUCUUAAGCAUUUCUACCCACAGGCCACUCACCUUCCUAACCUUUAUGGGGAUUACAGAGGUAUGGACACAGUCCUGGGGCCCCACUUCUGGGAUGCUUCUUGUUCAAAAUUUUCUACCAGUGACCAACACUUUGUCCUACCUUUCUGUCCUAAAACAAGUGAAGCCAUCUCACAAGAUCAGGAGGAUACAGAGAACUGUGGAGUCAACGGGGACUCCCCUGAUAUGAACAUCACAAAGUCAGACAGCAUUUGGCGUUAUCAGGAUCAAGAGAUACUGGGUGGCUAUCCUAUCCAAGGGGAAUUUGCCAUUUACUCAGGAGGAGGGUAUGUUGUGAGACUUGGAAGAAGUUCCAGUACUGCAGCCAGAGUUCUGCAGCAUCUUGAACAGAGCCACUGGCUUGACCAUUGCACCAAAAGCCUCUUUGUGCAAUUUGUGGUCUUCACUGCUAAUGUGAACCUGUUGUGUGCAGGGACCCUGAUUUUGGAGUCCAACAACAUGGGUGCCUUCUUCACCUCUCUGAGGCUGGAUUUAAGUUCCCUUCAGGCAUCCAAGAGACUUUGGUCUCUUAUCUCACAAGCCCUCUGUUAUCUCCUAGUCUGUUACUACACCUUCGUACAGGGUCAUUGGCUGAAACAGCAGAGGCGGCGGUCCUUCACUAGGAAAAGAAGCAUCCUGGACACGAGCAUAAGCCUCAUUAGUGUCAUCCUGGGUCUUGACAUGAAGCUUACUUCUCUGCAUAAGAAAAACAUAGCACAAUACCACUAUGAUCGUAACAGGUUCAUCAGCUUCCAUGAGGCAAUAAAAGUAAACUCAGCAGUCGUUCACCUCAUGGGCUUCCUGGUUCUACUGGCAACUGUUCAGCUGUGGAACCUGCUGGAUCCUAACCCCAGGCUGCAGGUCGUCAGUAGAGCACCCAGCAACGCCUGGGACAGCUUCCUGCUGUUCAUCCUGAUCCUGCUGACAGGCUAUGCAUUGCUCUCACAGGUUGAUGUGAAGUUUAACCUGCUGUUUGGAUGGAGCAUCUGAGACUACCAAACUUUUUUCAGCUCAGCAGUGACUGCUGUUGGUCUCAAGAUGGGAAUCUCUCAUCACAAGGAGGUUGUUGUUUUAGAGCCAAUCCUGGGUUCUUUUCUGAUCCUCACCAGUGUCAUCUUGAUAGUACUUGUGAUCAUUAACCUUUUUGUUGUCAUCCUCAUGGCCUUUGGUAAAGAAAGUUCCUUAAGGAAACCCAGUUUACCAAGACUAUAUUAUGUUCUAUAUCCACUGUCCUAUAAACACCUGGUCCUCCGCUAUUUAGCAGAAACACUCCAAUGCCUGACAACUCUAAAAGAAGGUACAUUCACAGAUGGUGCUGCAGAGAGUUUGCUAGGAAUCCAGCGGCACCAGAACACAUGA